AGUUUAUACACCGUACUUCAGGUCUUCAGGUCCGUGCGGUCCGUGUGUCCGUGUCCGUGUAGGUAGACAUCGAAGCCAAGAAGCCAAGUGGUUAGCGGCAAAUCGUAUUGUAGUGUAACAUUAAUCUAUUAAUUGUAAUAAGUUACCCUUCAUUUCAUUGAUAUAAAAACCAAGAAAUCAAAAUGACAAUCGGUAAAAAUAAUAAGAUGCUACAGCAUAUUAAUUACAGAGUCAGAAUUAUUUUACAAGACUCUAGGACAUUCAUAGGCACAUUUAAGGCCUUUGAUAAACACAUGAACCUCAUACUUGGUGAUUGUGAAGAGUUUCGUAAAAUUAAACCAAAGAAUACAAAGCAGCCAGAAAGAGAGGACAAACGUGUCUUAGGCUUUGUAUUAUUAAGAGGAGAAAAUAUUGUUUCGUUAACUGUAGAAGGUCCCCCACCACCUGAAGAAGGAUUACCUAGAGUACCUAUACCUGGUGCAGCACCUGGUCCUGGUAUGGGUCGGGCUGCAGGUCGUGGUAUGCCUGCUAAUGUCGCUGGAGUACCAGCUGGCCUGCAAGGGCCAGUUAGAGGUGUUGGCGGCCCAUCGCAGCAAAUUAUGACACCAGGAGGUAGAGGUCAAGUCUCUGCGCCACCACAAAUGCAUCCAGGUGGUCCACCUCGUAUGCCAGUCGGAGGUCCUCCACCUGGGAUGAUGGGACCACCACCUGGCAUGAUGGGAAUGCCACCAGGUAUGCCUCCUAUGGGACGUGGUGGUCCACCAAUGGGACCACCAGGAAUGAGAGGUCCACCUCCAGGUAUGAUGCGUGGUGGACCACCCCCUCGUCCAUACUAAGAAUUUUUAAUAAACUACAAUUAUGUAAACACUAAUAACAAUAAAAGUAAUUUUUAUAAUGUUA